AUGAAUCUUCGUCUCUGCCUGUCGCUUCCGUCUCUGCUUUCUUCUCUGGUCUCUGGUAUUGUGAUUUACACUCGAACAAAUCCACCCAGAAUCUACGACUUUCGGAACAUCCCUUUAGAGACCAAUAGAUACUUUAAUUUUGUCGGUUACUCAAGAGAUGGUCGUUCAAUAGUUAGAUCAUUCAGUAAUUUCGGCUCAACAAUCAUAGAUGACACCUGGCAAACUUAUCUCACACAUCCAGAAUGUGUUUUCGAUAUUAUCGGUAUUGAUGAUAUGUUAGCUCAUUGCAAAAAUCGUCUUUAUCGUAUGAAGAAUCGUGUUAAUCAGCUGCUAAAUACAAGAGUAGAAGCCUUUACUUUUGAUCACGUCCAAAAUCAGCUAUACACAUAUAAUGGAGGUACAAUUUAUCGGCUCCAAGAUUUCAACUUUACUGUAAAAAUGUGGUCAGCACCUCAUGUCCGGGACUUUAAUAUUGUAGAUGGUCUUUUGACGGUACUUCACACUAAUGGCUCUGUCCUGCACAACGGUACAAUUUUGGCUCGGUUGGACCCUUCACAAUAUCAGCGUCUCCCUAUUUAUGCUGCACCUUCUUUCAAACCUUGGACUGAUGACUCACUAAAUGGACUUAUAAAUUUUAUGCUAGGAUCCUUGACUAUUCUGCUUAUAGAACAUUGCAGCCGUAAGGCCACUUACAGUUAUAAGAAAAGACGAGUCAAGCGCCAGAAUCAUAUUCCUGUUUAA